GUUAAUAUUUGGGUUUCUUCUAGUAGUGUCAUAUCUACGUGCAGUUUUGCUUGUUGAGCUGCUGAGUGUGGAUAAAACUCUCAGCACGGUCUCAUGAACCGUCUCAGUAAGUGGUGAAGGUAGAAUUGCCGGGUGUAGAAAACUUUGAUUUUUCUUUUACUCCUUAUCAGUCUCGUAAAGACCACAUGUCUGGGCACGGGCACGGACACGGACACGGCGGUGGACACGGCUGUUGUGAAGUCGAUCAUGAGCCCGCUGAACGGGGCCUGGAAUACGGACUGUACAGACGCAUCGACACAGAGAAGCUGCAGUGCCUGAAUGAAAGCCGAGACGGCGACGGCAAACUCGUAUUCAAACCGUGGGAUCAACGCACAGACAGGGAAAAGUUUGUGGAGAGUGAUGCCGAUGAGGAGCUUCUGUUCAAUAUCCCGUUCACUGGAAGUGUGAAGCUGAAAGGAAUUAUCAUUUCCGGUGAGGAUGAUGAGUCCCACCCAGCUGAAAUGAGACUAUACAAGAACAUACCACAGAUGUCAUUUGAUGAUACAAGCAGAGAGCCAGAACAAGCAUUUCGUCUCAACAGGGAUGCACUGGCUGAACUUGAGUAUCCGACGAAGAUUGCCCGCUUUUCCAAUGUACAGCACUUGUCAAUUCAUAUUUCUCGGAACUUUGGGGCAGAUUCCACUCGUGUCUACUACAUUGGGCUCCGGGGAGAGUACGCUGAGGCUCACAGACAUGAGGUGACGAUCUGUAACUAUGAGGCAGCAGCGAAUCCAGCAGAUCAUAAAGUGGAAACGAUCACUCCACAGACACACUUCAUAUCGUGACGAAUAAUGAGCUUGAGCUGUCUGAAUGAGAUGAAUGAUUUUUGGUAACACUGAGGUGCAUUAACCAGGAGAGGAAAAUGUCUUGAGACAUAUUUCAAGAGGAAUGUUGUUUGUUCAUGGCGAUUUGUUCAACUAAAACGUUAAGUGCAUGUUUACGCCCUUGUUGAAACGCUUUUCAAUAUAAGCUCAAAACCAGCUGAUCAAAUUGAUGAUCAGAAUUAAUGAUGAUUUGAAAGGGUUAAACAAAAUUCAACAAUGAUAUCUACCACAUGUACCUUGUAAUUUUGGAGCGUUUAAAUAAAAAAAUGCUGGCAGGUUAAA